AUGGCGACAAUUCAUGUUUUCGCUCCUCCAUCCGGGCAUCAGCUCUCUGAUCCGGCGGAAUCCCUAAUAUGUACCUUUGACACCAAAAAGAUUUCCACGUCCCCGAAUUCCACGUUUUCGUCUCAUAAUUUUCUUUUUCCGGUAACGCUUUUGUCUGGCACGGAAAAAAAGAUAUAUUUUCACUCCAACAUUCUCAUGAAGAUUUCCGCUUCCGCCUUCCUGGCGGCGACCAUGGCCUGGGGCGCACAGGCUCAGUGUACCGAUAUGAUGGAGAUGGACAUUGGAGCCAACACUCGUUUGGCUUUCAGUGGGUUCAUUCCCACCGUCACUCGUGUAAGCGACUCUACCCAAGGUAAUAAGGUAGUCUUCAAGAGUUACGGGCGUGCUCCACUUGUGGAAGAGCAGGAUGGUGUUCUCACCGUCACGGCUGGAGAACUCUGUGGUGACUCUGGUAGUGGUGGUGACCCUGCGGUUCCCGCCCCCGCCCCAACCGACGCCGAAGGUUCCGCCGCGUCUUACAUGACCUCGACGCUUGGAUUUGCUUUGCCCGUCAUGUUCGGUAUGGGAGCCGGCCUACCCGCCACCACCGUGGCGGCGGCUUCCGCUCUGGGUGGAUUCUUGGCUAACGCCCCCACCGCAACUGCUCAGGAUACUACGGCCGAGUGUGAACUGGUUCCCAUUGAAGUCGAAAUCUACACUGACGCCACAUCCGACGAAAUCGUCAUGCGUGAAUCUCAGUCCGGAGAUUUUGAAACUUGCCCUCCCGAGUCCCUCUACUGGAAGCAUCAUCCCAGUGUUUACGGGGGCUACGAAGGUUGUGUCGGAGAAAAGGGAUACUUCCCAUGUGCCCAAGACUCUCAGGGUAUGUUGGAUGAAGAAGGUGCCUUGGCCGCCCAGUACCCCUUGGCUUGGGACGGAACUUCCUGUGUUGAAACAGGUUUUUCUACCGAAAACCGUACCUAUUGGAUUCUUUGGGGAGAUCCGUUGGACAAAUUUGAACUCAACAAGCGAACCGGACUGAAUCCCGUCGUUUCCUUCCCCUUCAACCGCGGACCGUAUCCAGCAUACGACGUCGGCGUGGACGUCGAAGAUGCAUUUGAUGACAGUGCUGAUGCUCGCGCCAUGGCUAAAGACUUCUUGGCCUACUUGGGUGCUUUUACAGAGGGCGAACUGGUGGACUAUGAUACUACCAUGACAGAAGGGGCCGAAUCUGGAAUGGUCGGUCUUUGGGCUGCCAAGGCGCUCGAGAUUGCUCGCACCACUUGUACUCGUGAUAUUUACGUUCUGCAGGAAGUCCCUGCCUACUCAUACGCUCCCAGCGACUCAGCAGCCAUUGCCAACCAGUUCUCUGACACGUUCUACAACGGCGAAGAGUGUGCUUGCUUCAACGCAAACGCGACUACUUGCAAUGACAAAACCAUCACUAUUACUGUUCGUGGCUGGCUUCCGUUGACUCCAUUCCCCGAGGAGAUGGGAGCGGACGGCGUUAUGUACCCUGCAAACUCCGACUCCCCCAACUCGCCCUGGUUCGAAAGCAUGGUUUGGCCCGAAAACCCAACUGGGAAAUUGAAGACCCCUCAGAUUGCCGACUCCAACCGCCGUGUUUGUGACGGUGUCUACGUCUGGCCAAUGUAUUUUGGAAUGACUGGAUAUGAAGUACCCACGGGAGACCGUCCAGACUGUGCGUCGUGGUCUUUCUCGAUCACUAAGGGAUACUCUGCCAGCGUCCGCGCUGGGUUUGUCGUAUAUAAGGAAGAGCCAGUGACAAGCCAUGAUGCCGUUGUGAACGCUUUUGAAUCCUUGCACAGCAUGACCAAUGGUCUCUAUUCUGAAUGGAGCUGGUACGGCCAGAUGCAACUCUGGGAGAUGAUUAUGUCCCGACCCAUCUCCGACCCCACGUCCUGGGUUGGAGCUUACACUGAAAUCAUGGACGAAAAGUGGAACGCAGUUAUUUCAGGGUUCGAGAAUUGCCCGGUCCUUGACGUCACCAACGCGAAAGCUGGCGCUUACGCCUGGUUACAGUACAAAGCUCCCUAUCUCGGCAUUCAGGAAGGGUUCGUUUCGUCCUUCUUUCGCGAUGUUCUUGGUAUUCGUACCACUACCUACAACUUUGGAUUCCGUGGAGCUGGUGCGGAAAACAUUGUCUCUUUCUAUGGAUCUGGGUAUACGGAGGCCGAUUUUACUCGCCUUCAGCUCUACCGUGACAUUACAGUCUACGAAGAAAUGGCUCGUCGCGCCAAAAUUGUCUGCGCCGAUCUUGAUGCUUCCGUUGGUAGCUUCGUCUCCAUUAACCAGUGGGUCGCGUCGGCCCAGACGGUGAGCCGUCGCCUGGAAGCCGGAUAUGCCGAUAUGGAUGAUCGCAAGCGUCAUCUCAAGGAGGUCGUACCCGACCUCACCGACCGUCAACUCGAGCAUUUGGCGAGCAGCCACGAACACGGUGAUGAGUUGGACCGCCGUAUCUCCACCUGCGCUCCCGACUUCUCAAUGAACUGUCUCUUCAAAACAGUUGGAACUCGAUUCAAUGAUUUCUGAAGUCUUUUCUCUUGAGUGUUGCCUUGUCUUUAGUUUGCGGUGUUCCGUGUUCGACCAGGUUGUCACCAACUGUAAGUAAAUGUAAGGUUCUUACUUAAAUGAGUAGGUCAAUCCAUACAUUAUUUCUUGGUCGGGCACUUGUAUGUGGUGGAACUUCCAUAGGCUGAGGCAUUUCUGUUCAGAUCAGUAAAUUAGGAGCCAGGAGUGGACGUUUGCUUCCUGGAUUGCAGACCCUGCAUUUGAACAAAUUUGGAUAUUUUUGACUGUGAAUUCGCUAUGGAAGGAUACUUUACUUUUGGUAAAGAUUGGGAAUUUGGACCAAGGUUUCGGGAGUUCCCGACAAGCUCAAGUAAUGCUCAGGUCCAUGGCCAUUGCAGUGUCCCAUAAAAGUGUCCGGCAUGAAUGUACCAGUUUGACCCCGUCGAAUCGU